AUUUAGCCAACCUUCAAUGGGCAUCACGAAGAAGACGAAGGAACCUACAGUAGCCGCGGAUUUGAGUUUGCGCAGCUAGCAUGCUAACAAGUACAACAUUUGAGUGUACAGUUUGAUAUACUAUUUUUUCUUUCUAUAAGAAUGAUAUGCCUUUGAUAGUCAGAGCAUAAGCUUUAAAAUCAAAAUGAAUCUUGACAGUCUUCGAAAGCGAGUACGGCUGUACAUUGACCAGCAACAGUAUCAAAGUGCUCUGUUUUGGGCCGACAAGAUAGCAUCCCUUUCUCAUGAGGAUCCCCAGGACAUUUACUGGCUAGCGCAGUGCCUUUACUUGACCUCACAAUACCACAGAGCCUCCCAUGCCCUCCGUUCACGAAAACUUGACAAGUUGUACGGAGCUUGUCAGUACCUUGCUGCUAGGUGCCAUUAUGCUGCCAAAGAGUUCCAGCAGGCCUUGGAUAUUCUGGAUGCUGAGGAGCCAGCUAGUAAGAAGCUGCUGGACAGGAGUGUAAAGGAGGACAGUGGAAAACCAGACUCAGCUAAGGACUGGGACAUGUCCCCUGCGUCUAUCAACAGCUCAAUCUGCCUCCUACGUGGUAAGAUCUAUGAUGCCAUGGACAACAGACCACUGGCCACAUCCAGCUACAAAGAGGCCUUGAAACUGGAUGUGUACUGCUUUGAAGCCUUUGACCUUUUAACUUCCCACCACAUGUUGACUGCACAGGAGGAGAAAGAGUUCCUUGACUCUCUUCCUCUGAGUCAGCAGUGCAUUGAUGAAGAGGAAGCGCUGCUACACUUCCUUUUUGAGAACAAGUUAAAGAAGUAUAACAAGCCAAGUGAUUUGGUGGUGCCAGAGAUGGUCAAUGGUCUUCAGGACAACUUGGAUGUAGUGGUGUCUCUUGCUGAGAGGCAUUAUUAUAACUGUGAUUUCAAGAUGUGCUACAAACACACAUCAAUGGUGAUGGUUAAAGACCCAUUCCAUGCCAACUGUUUACCAGUCCAUAUAGGAACUCUAGUGGAGCUUGGAAAAGCAAAUGAGUUGUUUUACCUCUCGCACAAACUUGUCGACUUGUAUCCCAACAACCCAGUAUCCUGGUUUGCUGUUGGAUGCUACUAUCUCAUGGUUGGCCAUAAAAACGAACAUGCUCGGCGAUAUCUUAGUAAAGCCACCACCCUUGAGAGGACAUACGGUCCUGCAUGGAUUGCCUAUGGUCAUUCAUUUGCAGUGGAGAGUGAGCAUGACCAAGCCAUGGCUGCCUACUUCACUGCUGCACAGCUGAUGAAAGGGUGUCACCUGCCCAUGCUCUACAUCGGCCUGGAGUACGGUCUGACCAACAACUCCAAGCUGGCAGACCAGGCUCUUAGUAUCGCUCCAGAGGACCCAUUUGUCAUACACGAGGUGGCAGUGGUCGCAUUUCAGAAUGGAGACUGGAAGACCGCAGAGAGGCUGUUCCUGGAUGCCAUGGAGAUGAUCAAAGCCAUAGGGAGUGAGGUCACUGUGGACAAAUGGGAGCCUUUGCUGAAUAACUUGGGUCAUGUGUGUCGGAAACUGAAAAAGUACAACCAGGCUCUGGAAUACCACCGUCAAGCACUGGUGUUAAUCCCUCAGCACGCCUCCACAUACGCUGCCAUAGGAUAUGUCCACAGCCUCAUGGGUGACUUUGAGAGUGCUAUUGACUAUUUUCACACGGCACUUGGACUGAAGAGGGAUGACACUUUUUCUGUGACGAUGCUUGGCCACUGUAUUGAGAUGUACAUUGGUGACACAGAUGCCUAUAUAGGCACAGACAUCAAUGACAAAGUGCAAGGCAACUUGAACACUCCAGCACUGAUGAAGAUGUUGAACACAUCCGAGUCUAGUGACCUUGUAGCCACACCGAGACUGGAAGACAAUAACAUCACGUCCUUGGAAACACCACUGUCAAACCAGGACAAAAUAAUGCUAGAGACUCCUCUCCGGCUCUCUUUAACCCUGGAUUGCGAUAUGUACGAGAGCGAUGUGAUGUUGGACACGUUGUCAGACACCAGCACGUGAUUUUAUCUUUUCAGGAGGUGGAACUGUCAUAGCAGCAGGUUGUUAUAGGUACACAUAUCCAAAUCCAAGGACAAUGUUCUUCAAACCAAAACUCUGGCACCUGUCUUCGACCAAAGUGGAUUCCCUCUCCUGUGCAGUAGAUAUGGUUGUUCUGUAAGUGACAAAACACAGAACAUGCCUGACCCAGUGAGCAUUGUGAAAAUGAGCAAAUGUGUGCAUGAAGUUAUAUACAGCAACUGCUGUACAUACUAGUUUUGCAAGAAUGCACUUCAGAGGGGGAAUUAACACUUGUCUUGGUGAAGCGGUUAACUAUCCCUUGGGUUAAGCCUGAAGAUGUUCGGAACAUGGGAUCCUCUGACACCUGACUGACUGAACAGCACAAACACAGCUGUACCCUGCACAUCACAAAUAAGACUAGCCACUUAUUGCUGCCUAUGGCAGGACUCUGUUGCAUAACCUGUGGAUUUUCACCUUGAAUAAAGAGCCAGCUAAAUACAAGUAGUUUUGGUGAUAAA